CAUUAAUUAUUUCAAUCAGUAUUUGCCUAUUUGUUAGAAAAUAAGUUCAAUCCCAUUCACGAGCUACCUUAUACGAGUGUAUUGUCCUAGAGCAGAAUACUCAAAGACCAAGAUGUUGAAAGUUGAAGUCGUUUCCAGAGAGCUCAUCAAGCCAUAUACUUCUACUCCGUUGAGCCUUCGGGAUUAUAGAAUAUCACUGAUAGAUGAGUUGGCCCCCGUAAUGAAUGUUCCAACUAUUUUGUAUUAUGCUGAUGAUCUCCGCAGUAGUAGUUCAAAAUGCGAGCAGCUGAAGAGGUCUAUGUCCAAGGUCUUAGCUAGAUUCUAUCCAUUUGCUGGAAGAUACAUGAAAGAUAGUUUCAAGGUUGAUUGUAGUGAUCAAGGUGCUGAAUUUGUGGAAGCUAUGGUUGACGUCAGGCUCGAUGAUCUUGUUGGCCGAGGGAAGAAUUUGAAGACUGAGCUGCUUAAUUAUUUGAUUCCGCGUCCUAUUGGUGCAGGCGAUGAGGCCACCGAUCCUUUGCUAGCUGUGCAAGUGAAUUCUUUUGUAUGUGGUGGAUGGGCAAUUGGAUUGAUGACCUCGCACAGGAUUGCGGACAUGUCAACCACCAGUGCAUUCGUUAAUGAAUGGGCUAUCGAAGCAAAACGACUAGUAGAGGGCUUUGAUGGAGAUUGCUUUCCAGAUAAGUCCCCUGUUUGGAGUUCUGCUUCGUUGUUUCCUGGGAGAAAAAUGUCCGGUUUUCCGUUUGGAUUGUCUAGGGAAAAAGAAAAUGUUGAGGAUCAUAAAAUUGUUACGAAGGUGUUUUCCUUUGACGGUCGUGCAAUCUCAAGAAUCCGUGAGAAAGCUAGACUACUGGACAACUCUGGUGAGAGGUUACCGACCAGGGUACAGUCGGUGUUUGGAAUGAUAGGGAAAUCGAUCAUUGAUAUGAAUGCUGCGCGGUUUAAGGAAUUUUGGGCCAUUCAAGCGGUGAACAUGAGGGGAAGAACCAUUCCGCCCAUUUCUAAAAAUCAAUGUGGAAAUCUUUACUUAACAACCUCUACUCAAAUCGUGGCAGGCGAAGCAGGAGUGGAACUUCAUAGUACUGUCGAUCUGCUUAUGCAGACUGUCAAAAGAGAAGUGGAGAAAUGUAAAAUGAUACUAUCCGUUGAAGGGCAAAUGUCGAUAAGCAAUGGCUUUUAUGAGAUGACAAAAAUACUUGCGAAGCCUAACAUUGGUGUCCUCGGAUUUUCUGACUGGUGCAAGUUUCCGGUAUAUGAGGCCGAUUUUGGCUGGGGAAAACCUGUUUGGGUCAGUUGUGUGAAUGUUCCGGUGGCAAAUAAUAUCUACCUCUUCAGCGACAAAUUUGGAAAAGGGAUUGAAGCUUGGGUGAAUUUGAACAUAGAUGACAUGCUUAAGUUUGAACAGGAUUCAAGCAUCAUGGAAUAUAGCACUUGAAAGCUUGUAAAUUUGUUGUCUUUAGAUUUGUUCCCCAGUGAU